GAACCAAUAUGAUCUGCGUACAUCCGCAGCUUCUGCUUGACUUCGCUGAGUUUGUGCUCAACUACGUAGUGCAGUGAGGUUGAAUGAGUUUAAGCUCCUCGGAGGUUGUCGGAAUGGUAGAGAACACGGCAGCAUUUGACCGGAAUGACUUCUUACUGUACCUAGGAAAGAAAUCUAUGUGAAAUCGUCAAGAUCUAUUGAGUUUUCUGAUGAGAGAACGGAAAUUCAAAGUCAUGAAGUACUAGGGGCCUCGGCGUUAUUAGGGGCUGACAAUCGGGGUAGCAGUGACGGCCAUCUAGGCCAUGCGUGAGCCACUUAUAAGCUUCGUGUAUGCGCUCUAGCGGUGAGGGCGACAUCCUGAUUGUCGAAGUUGCUGAACAAGAGGAAUUUGCGCUGAGGUGUCGAACGUCGAAGUCUCGAAGACAUGGACCCACUUGAACCUUCUACACCCAAUUUGGCAUCGCACGUGGCGACCUCAUGUCAGAGUCUAGCAUUGCCCGUCACGAUCAUCCCUCUCUUUCUUUCUUUCUUUCUUCCAGAGCGCAGUGCGCUUCCCUUCACGACCACGAUUCACGGAAUACGAUUUUUGAUAACGAACAUAAUCCUUCGAAAUGGCUGCCCAUCCUAAAUCUGUCCCUCUAGUCGCUCCAGGACACACACGACCCGUCACGCACCUUCACUUCUCUCCGCUUCAAGACGAUGGGACCUACGUGCUCAUCUCCAGCUGCAAAGAUGGCAACCCGAUGUUACGAGAGUGGACAGGGGACUGGAUUGGAACCUUCAUUGGUCAUAAGGGUGCCGUCUGGUGCAGCAAGCUCUCGCCCGACACCUCACGGGCGGCUUCUGGUAGCGCAGACUUCACGGCGUGAGAAAAUAUGGGAUACGUAUAGCGGCGAACCUCUGCACUCUUUCCCCCAUAAUCACAUUGUUCGCAGCGUAGCGUUAUCGCCAAAUGCUUCUCAUCUUCUCACCGGAGGUCAGGAGAAGAAGGUUCGCAUGUUUGACUUGCGCAGACCCGAUGCAGAACCAGAUCUGUUGACCGAGGGUAGCGCAAUUUCACAUGAGGGUACGGUCAAGAGUGUGGUUUGGGUUGGAGAGCACACGGGUGUUACGGCAGGUGAAGACGGGAUUAUCAAGUGGUGGGACCUUCGUUCUAGGACUGUGAGUACCAGCCUCACUUUCCCGGGACCUAUCACUUCCAUGGAACUUUCACCACAAACCAACCGUCUCGUCGUCACCUCUGGAAAAACUGUGUCCUUCAUUCCAGCGCUUCCCAAUGGAAAUCAGACACACAGCCUCACACUGCCUUACGCUCCUUCGUCUGCAUCUAUACAUCCCAUUUUGCAAGAUCGCUUCGUGACGGGUAGUAUGAGCGAUGAGUGGGUAAGGGUGCAUGAUUUGAGUGGAGAGGAGAGGGAUGUCUUGAAGGGUCACCAUGGGCCCGUACAUUGCGUGGAGUUCAGUCCGGAUGGUGAAAUGUUCGCCAGUGGUAGUGAGGAUGGCACGAUUCGACUUUGGCAGACGACACCAGGAAAGACGUAUGGUCUUUGGCAGGGAAAUCAAACUAACGGCGGUUGACCGAAUUAAUCUAUUAGAGCUAAUGCAGUAUUGGUAAUGAUGUACGAUGCCCACCUCCAUCCCUCUGAUCAUGCAGCGAAGUCUGAAUGUAAGAGCUCUUCUCCCUCCCUCCCGUCCCAGUCAUCCGGUUCCCCAGAUGUAUCCAAUUUCGAAUCCAGGUUAGAUUCAUGGUUCACCA